AUGGAAAGGAAAGGCAAUGAAGCACAGUUCAAGGCCAACGCGCACGUGCUCGACAAGCUGCAGGAAGCGGGCUCCAGUCUACAGGACGUUACCGCAGUUCAAUCGGAUGACGCUGUUGCGAAGGCACGGGGGAAAAUUGUGGAAGACGUCGUCAAAAAUGGUUAUAAGAUACCUUUUAAGGAAAUGCCAGAAACCGUAGUACUGAAUAAUAAUAGGUUCGCACGUGAUAACGUGCCUUUUGUCAAUGAGGAGAUAGGUAAGCUUUUAGCUAAACAGUGCAUUAGUGAGGUGACUGACGUCCCGCACGUGGUGAACCCGCUGACGGUAGCGUUUGGCAGAACUGCUUUUGGGCUUAGCACUGCAGGUUAUAUAUUUUCGAAAUGUCUGAGGGCAGUUGUAUGCAAAUGGAGAGCUGCAGGCUACAGAGUAAUCAUGUUCCUAGACGAUGGGCUCGGAGGGGAUCAAGACUACAUCAGGUCUAAAGCCCUCACUGGUGUCGGUUUUCCCAACACGACGCUGUACCCGGUGCUAGGCAACCACGACCCUUACCCAGCCAAUCAAAUGCUGUAUGAUACAGACAAUACCGCAUACUACAAGGGUAUCUUGGAAAAGAGUCACUGGGAUUCGGUUCUUGGAGCGAAUGAAAGCAGGCAAUUUCACAAUGGCGGCUAUUACAGCGCCACAAUCUCUGAGAAACUACGGUUAAAAGGACUUAACAUGAACCUAUACUACGACCAGGACCGACUAACUAAUGACCUGCCGGACCCGGCGCAGCAGAUGGACUUCCUGGAUAAACAACUACACGAGGCGCACAAACACAACCAGAUGGUAUUCAUAAUAGCGCACGUUCCACCUGGCGUCUUUGAGUUAGGGAGCGGACUGACCUGUUUCUACCCCAAGUAUAACAAACAGUACCUCGAGAAACUCGAGGAAUUUGCUGACAUCAUCUCCCUCCAAGUGUUCGGACACGAACACACGGACAGCUUCCGGGUACAGUUUGACGCUGAAGGGAAGCCAAUUAGCAUGAUGCUGCUGGCACCCGCAGUGACCCCCUGGAAGAGCACACUCCCGGGGGUAGGAGCGAACAACCCGUCCAUCCGGCUGUUCAAGUAUGAUCGGGAUAAUGGGGUGGCCCAGAACUAUGUGCAGUACUAUCUUAACCUCACUGCAGCCAAUAUAAAAGGCACUGGUGACGACUGGGAAAAAGAAUACGAUACAUCCGAUGUGUAUGCCUUAGAUGAGCUACGCCCCGCCAAGUUACAUGAGCUUGCCCGCGCGUUCACCGAUCGCAGUAACAAGCUGUUUCAACACUACCUUCAAUACAACAGCGUUCUUUGGGCAGGAAAUACCGAAUGCAACGAAACUUGCCAUUUACAUCAUCUCUGUGCAAUAACUCAGUUAGACUAUGACAAUUUCCGAACAUGUAUAUCAGGCGGCGUGACCACGCACCACCCCACCCAAACGACUCACCACCACCCCCACCGAUCAACCCCCCAGCCCCAGGUGCCCACGUAUAUGUUUUACCUCAUAGGGGGUCUAGCUGCUGUUGUGUUCCUUCUUUUCCUACUUGUGGCGUGUAUGUGUCUGAGAAAGAGGAGACGUCUAAGGGCGCCCCGGUACGCCAAAUUUGGUUCCUUAUCCCUAAAUAGCUGA